CCGAGGUCGCAAGGGAAGACCAAAAAGGAACUUUACAAAAAUUGAAGCAUCUGCCGACGAUUAUCAAAGUACGAAGAUGGGAGAAGAAGAAGCACCUCCGCCGUCUCCGGCGACGACGGCAGAUACUACGAAGGCGUGGCGCACUUACAUAUCGGAAGAGCUUCCUCGCAGCGUCCAAGAGUCGGCCGACACAGCCAUUCGCUCCGCCCGCUCACUCCACCAAUCUUCUUCCACCCUUCUCUGUUCCCUCCAGGACUUUAUUCCUCAAAUUGGAUCUCGGUACAGACACUACGAAGAGGCUUUCUUCACUAAAGUUAAAGAUGAGUUGGUGAAAGCUAGAGAACAACCAGCUCUCGUAGGUGGAGUUGCUAUCACGGCUGGUCUCCUCCUCCUCCGUGGGCCUCGAAGAUUUUUGUUUCGUCAAACGUUGGGUCGACUUCGGAGCGAGGAGGCACAAUUUGUUAGAGCUGAAAAGAAUGUUAAAGAGUUGACUCUGUCUGUUGACUUAAUGAAGAAGGAGAGCCAAAAGCUAAUUGAAAGAUCUGUCCUGGCUGAAAAUGAUAUGAACCGUGGCCAUUCUGAUCUCAUGAAUGCUGGAUCGCAGAUUCAAAAACUUGCAAGAUCAUUUUAUAAGGCCGAAUCUGAAGCUGCUGUUUCUUUUUACAUACUCUGCCCAGAUUUGAUGGAUCUGCUGAGGGAAAUUCCUGGUAGGGAGGCUUUGAAGCUGCGAGCAGAAGUAGCUACAAUGGCAGCUCAUCUUCAGCAGCAAAGAUCAGCACUGGGUAAGAAAAUACUGAAAAUUUCUGAAUUAGGUGUUCCCGUGUAACAGUCAUCCAAUGUUUGAGCUUUUCUCUGUAGUGCUGCAAGAAAAUUUAGAGCUACUUUUCUCUUUAUCGAACGAUUAUGAGAUACAAAUGAUGGCAGAUUCACUUGCUUCUACCCAAAGUAUCAUGAGACAAAUAUGAUGAGAUUUGAUGUCAGUUUCACUUGUUUCUAUCAAAGAGUAUGAGAAUAAUGAAACCAAAGACUGGGAAAUGAUGAAGCUUGGUUUUAUUUCAUAUCUAACCCAAUUUUAUGCCAGCACUUCUAUUAGGUAGGCCCAACGGUUAGGCAACCAUAUUCUUUAACAUAUAGGCAUAUUUUCAAACUGAAAUGAUAUACUCUAAAACCAAUAUAAGCAAAAUGAUGACAUUUCACAUCAUAAGUGUGCAUUUUUGGUAAUCAAGUAUGAUGGGUUGGACAACUUAAAAUUGUUAGGCCGUCUCAUACGAGGAUUUGUGAUUGUGGUUAUAAGUUGUAAUUGAUUAGAAGUGCGCAAAUCUUUCCAAUAUGUUGAUAAUCAUAUCUUUAAUGUUAAAAUUAGUGGACAUAUGCUUGUGGACAUGUGAUUGUGGUUAUAAGUUGUCAUUGAUUAGAAGCGCGCAAAUUUUUGGUAAUCAAGUAUGAUGGGAUGGAGUUGUAAUGUUUGUGGACAUGUGCUUGUGGUUGUGUAUGUUCAGACAUUAAAUUUGUAUGUCGAGCUGGUUUUGCAACAUAAUGGAUCAGAUUGCUUCAUAUUUAUUGUGUUUGUUUGUUCUGAUUGUUUUUACAUAUUGAUUGUAUU